GCUUCGGCGCUUCUAUAUCAUUGGUUCCAAAAGGGUUACAUCUAAGCGAGGCUAAUAAAUGUGCUCCAUCGUUUGCUCCCAUGGACGAACAAAAUACCAAACUGUUUAUUAGUGGUGGUCUGCCUAACGGUACAAAGUAAUUUACAGCACUCGCUCCCCGAAUCUCUUUAGGCAAAGAAAAUGGAAACUAGCUUAGAAUCAAGAACAACAAAAUGCAGCUUGUCAAAUGAUGAAAUAUCCCGGUAUUCAAGACAACUAAUUCUUCCAGAAAUUGGAGUACAUGGACAGACAAACUUGAAGAAUGGCAGAGUCCUUAUUGUUGGCAUGGGUGGUCUCGGUUGCCCAGCUUCCCUUUACCUUGCAGCUGCUGGUGUUGGUACACUGGGCCUACUUGACUAUGAUUGUGUUGAAAUCAAUAACUUACAUAGACAAACCCUUCAUGCAGAAGACACUGUUGGACUAUCAAAAGUUAAAUCUGCUUCAAAACAGAUAAAGCGAAUUAAUUCAUCUGUCAAUUGCAUUGAACACCAUCAAAGUCUUGAUAGCAAAUCUGCAGUUCAAAUAAUUGAAGGAUAUGACAUUGUGAUAGAUGCGUCAGAUAAUGUACCAACAAGGUAUUUGGUUAAUGAUGCAUGUGUUCUAACUGGUAAACCAUUAAUUUCUGGAAGUGCCUUGAGGUUUGAGGGUCAGCUUACGACGUACAAUUACGAAAAUGGGCCAUGCUAUCGUUGUCUUUAUCCAAAGCCACCACCAGCAGAAGCAGUGACUAAUUGCUCAGAUGGGGGUGUGAUUGGUGCAGUGACUGGCUUCAUAGGAUCGCUGCAGGCACUAGAAGCCAUCAAAAUGCUGGCAGGGGUUGGUGCAUCAUAUUCCCGCAGACUACUGAUGUUUGAUGGGUUAUCAGGAGAUAUAAGAACAAUAAAGUUACGCGCUAAAAAGGAAGACUGUCCAGUCUGUGGAAAAGAACCGACUAUAAAAGAGCUUGAAGAUUACGAAUUGUUCUGUGGAUGCAGUGCGACCGAUAAGACCAGAAGUUUAGAUCUAUUAACACCAGAAGAGAGAAUUUCAGCACAGGGUUAUAAAAAAGUUCUUGAUGGAGGUGCCAAUCACAUUUUGAUCGAUGUGCGACCUCAGAAUGAGUUCUCUAUCUGCGCCUUUAAGAAUGCAGAAAAUUUCCCAAUAAACAGCAUCGAAGAUGGAAAGAUGUUUAAAUACAUCAAAGAGCAACUAAAAAUGGAAAAUAAGCAAGUGUUCGUUCUUUGCAAGCAAGGAAAUGAUUCGCAAAAAGCAGUUUUAGCCAUAAAGAAAGAACUCGAAGAAGAACUUUCAAAAGAUUUAGUAAAAGAUAUCGUUGGAGGUUUGUUGGCCUGGAGUACCAACGUAGAUAAUGAUUUUCCAAUUUAUUAACUUGUAUCAAUACUUUAGCAAAUGGUUUUGAAUUAUAUGUUGUGAAAAACUAAAGUGACAUCCGUUUUUUGCAACCAUGAAACUAAUCGGUGUGUUGAUAUGCAAGAUGACUACUACCAGAAAUCUUUAAGCGAAUUUAAUUGGUCUGUUUAAGCCAAUCAGGCAAGGUGUCUCUACUAGGAGUCUUGCCGUUAAUUUGAUUGGUCAGUUUAAACCAAUCAGAUAAAGUGUCUGCCCUAGGAAUCUAUCCGUAAUUUGGUUGGUCAGUUUACACCAAUCAGGCAAGGUGUCUGUCACAGGAAUCUCGCCCUUAAUUUGAUUGUUAAUUCUAAUCAACCAAGGAAGGUUUAUACUGGCUUUCUCGAAUACCUGCUUUUGCUGAUUAUUCUAUAUUUUUAGCAUCGUCCUGGGUCCUACAUUGAUGGUUGACGCAAUAGGAAAUAUCGAAUUUUUGGCACACCCGAACUGUUGAAAAGGCCGCUUUACUAGUUGAGCUGUAUCCAGUUCUACUCAUAC